AUGACUUCUGGGACUACAGCUUCACCCUCUUCCACUCCACAACAAACGUCUCCUGCUGGCACAACCUCCAUGCUUGUCUCCACCACAGCAGAAACCUCCAACCCAGCUACUACAGGAACAAAUGAAGUCACUUUCAGCCAACGUGGAACAUCUACUACUGCUCCUCUCACUGCCACAUCGCAGGAGACAACAGCAUCGACCACCAUAUUCCUUCCAAAAACAACCUCGUCUUCUCCUGGAACAAGCCCAUCUCCUACAUCCACGCCAAAUAUUCCUACGCAGAGCACUUCACCAACUCUCAGCACACCUGCAUCCACAUCUACUCUGGAGACAACCUCCACUACUACAACUGAAGGCACCUCAACCGUUCAGGACACCACGGUGACCACCUCCACCACAGCAGAAACCUCCACCAAGGUAGAAACCUCCACCACAGCUAUCCAGUCCACGUUGUCUCUUGAGACUACAUCCUCACCCUCCUCCACUCCACAAGAAACAUCUCCUGCUGACACAAGCCCCACACUUGCCUCCACCACAGCAGAAACCUCCAACCCAGCUACUACAGGAACAAAUGCAGUCACUUCCAGCCCACCUGGAACAUCAACUACUGCUCCUCUCACUAUCACAUCUCAGGAAACAACAGGAUCGACCACCAUGUUUCUUCAACAAACAAACUCGUCUUCUCAUGGGACAAGCCCAUCUCCUACGACCACGCCAACUCUUGCUACUCAGAACACAUCCCCAACUCUCACCACAAUUGCAUACACCUCUACUCUGGAGACAACCUCCACUGCUACCACUGGAGGAACCUCAACCCUUCAGGACACCACCGUGACCACCUCCACAACAGCAGAAACCCCCACCACAGCUGUCCAGUCCACGUCGUCUCUUGAGACUACAUCCUCGCCCUCCUCCACUCAACAACAAUCAUCUCCUCCUGACACAACCUCCACACUUGUCUCCACCACAGCAGAAACCUCCAACCCAGCUACUACAGGAACAAAUGAAGUCACUUACAGCCCACCUGGAACAUCAACUACUGCUCCUCUCAGUACCACACGUACAGAGACAACUGCAUCAAGCACCAUGCUUCCUCCACAAACAACCUUGUCUUCUCCUGGGACAAGCCCAUCUCUUACAACCACACCAAGUAUUCCUACGCCGACCACUUCCCCAACUCUCAGCACACCUGCAACCACCUCUACUCUGGAGACAACCUCCACUGAAACCAAUGAAGGCACCUCAACCCUUCAGGACACCACAUUGGCCACUUCCACCACAGCAGAAACAUCCACCACAGCUGUCCAGUCCACUGUGUCUUCUGAGACUACAGCUUCACCCUCUGCCACUAGAGAACAAACGUCUCCUGCUGGCAAAACCUCCACACUUGUCUCCACCACAGCAGAAAUCCAUAGCCCAGCUACUACAGGAACAAAUGCAGUCACUUCCAGGCCACCUGGAACAUCAACUACUGCUCCUCUCACUACAACACGUACAGAGACAACUGCAUCAAGCACCACGCUUCUUCCACAAAAAACCUCGUCUUCUGCUAGGACAAGUCCAUCUCCUACAUCCACGCAAAACAUUCCUACGCUGACCACUUCCCCAACACUCACCACAACUGCAUCUACCUCCACUCUGGAGACAACCUCCACUGCUACCACUGGAGGCACCUCAACCCUUCAGGACACCACCGUGACCACCUCCACCACAGCAGAAACCUCCCCCACAGCUGUCGAGUCCACGUCGUCUCCUGAGACUACAUCCUCGGCCUCUUCCACUCCACAACAAACGUCCCCUGCUGACACAACAUCCACACUUGUCUCCACCACAGCAGAAACCUCCAACCCAGCUACUACAGGAACAAAUGCAGUCACUUCCAGCCCACCUGGAACAUCAACUACUGCUCCUCUCAUUACCACACGUACAGAGACAACUGCAUCAAGCACCAUGCUUCCUCCACAAACAACCUUGUCUUCUCCUGGGACAAGCCCAUCUCUUACAACCACACCAAGUAUUCCUAUGCCGACCACUUCCCCAACUCUCAGCACACCUGCAACCACAUCUACUCUGGAGACAACCUCCACUGAAACCAAUGAAGGCACCUCAACCCUUCAGGACACCACCUUGGCCACUUCCACCACAGUAGAAAUAUCCACCACAGCUGUCCAGUCCACGAUGACUUCUGGGACUACAGCUUCACCCUCUUCCACUCCACAACAAACGUCUCCUGCUGGCACAACCUCCACGCUUGUCUCCACCACAGCAGAAACCUCCAACCCAGCUACUACAGGAACAAAUGAAGUCACUUUCAGCCAACGUGGAACAUCUACUACUGCUCCUCUCACUGCCACAUCGCAGGAGACAACAGCAUCGACCACCAUAUUCAUUCCAAAAACAACCUCGUCUUCUCCUGGAACAAGCCCAUCUCCUACAUCCACGCCAAAUAUUCCUACGCAGAGCACUUCCCCAACUCUCAGCACACCUGCAUCCACAUCUACUCUGGAGACAACCUCCACUACUACAACUGAAGGCACCUCAACCAUUCAGGACACCACCGUGACCACCACCACCACAGCAGAAACCUCCACCAAGGUAGAAACCUCUACCACAGCUAUCCAGUCCACGUCGUCUCUUGAGACUACAUCCUCACCCUCCUCCGCUCCACAAGAAACAUCUCCUGCUUACAGAAGCUCCACACUUGUCUCCACCACAGCAGAAACCUCCAACCCAGCUACUACAGGAACAAAUGAAGUCACUUCCAGCCCACCUGGAACAUCAACUACUGCUCCUCUCACUACAACACGUACAGAGACAACUGCAUCAAGCACCACGCUUCUUCCACAAAAAACCUCGUCUUCUGCUAGGACAAGUCCAUCUCCUACAUCCACGCCAAACAUUCCUACGCUGACCACUUCCCCAACACUCACCACAACUGCAUCUACCUCCACUCUGGAAACAACCUCCACUGAUACUACUGAAGUCAUCUCAACCCUUCAGGACACCACCUUGGCCACUUCCACCACAGCAGAAAUAUCCACCACAGCUGUCCAGUCCACGAUGACUUCUGGGACUACAGCUUCACCCUCUUCCACUCCACAACAAACGUCUCCUGCUGGCACAACCUCCAUGCUUGUCUCCACCACAGCAGAAACCUCCAACCCAGCUACUACAGGAACAAAUGAAGUCACUUUCAGCCAACGUGGAACAUCUACUACUGCUCCUCUCACUGCCACAUCGCAGGAGACAACAGCAUCGACCACCAUAUUCCUUCCAAAAACAACCUCGUCUUCUCCUGGAACAAGCCCAUCUCCUACAUCCACGCCAAAUAUUCCUACGCAGAGCACUUCACCAACUCUCAGCACACCUGCAUCCACAUCUACUCUGGAGACAACCUCCACUACUACAACUGAAGGCACCUCAACCAUUCAGGACACCACGGUGACCACCUCCACCACAGCAGAAACCUCCACCAAGGUAGAAACCUCCACCACAGCUAUCCAGUCCACGUUGUCUCUUGAGACUACAUCCUCACCCUCCUCCACUCCACAAGAAACAUCUCCUGCUGACACAAGCCCCACACUUGCCUCCACCACAGCAGAAACCUCCAACCCAGCUACUACAGGAACAAAUGCAGUCACUUCCAGCCCACCUGGAACAUCAACUACUGCUCCUCUCACUAUCACAUCUCAGGAAACAACAGGAUCGACCACCAUGUUUCUUCAACAAACAAACUCGUCUUCUCAUGGGACAAGCCCAUCUCCUACGACCACGCCAACUCUUGCUACUCAGAACACAUCCCCAACUCUCACCACAAUUGCAUACACCUCUACUCUGGAGACAACCUCCACUGCUACCACUGGAGGAACCUCAACCUUUCAGGACACCACCGUGACCACCUCCACAACAGCAGAAACCCCCACCACAGCUGUCGAGUCCACGUCGUCUCUUGAGACUACAUCCUCGCCCUCCUCCACUCAACAACAAUCAUCUCCUCCUGACACAACCUCCACACUUGUCUCCACCACAGCAGAAACCUCCAACCCAGCUACUACAGGAACAAAUGAAGUCACUUACAGCCCACCUGGAACAUCAACUACUGCUCCUCUCAGUACCACACGUACAGAGACAACUGCAUCAAGCACCAUGCUUCCUCCACAAACAACCUCGUCUUCUCCUGGGACAAGCCCAUCUCUUACAACCACACCAAGUAUUCCUACGCCGACCACUUCCCCAACUCUCAGCACACCUGCAACCACCUCUACUCUGGAGACAACCUCCACUGAAACCAAUGAAGGCACCUCAACCCUUCAGGACACCACAUUGGCCACUUCCACCACAGCAGAAACAUCCACCACAGCUGUCCAGUCCACUGUGUCUUCUGAGACUACAGCUUCACCCUCUGCCACUAGAGAACAAACGUCUCCUGCUGGCAAAACCUCCACACUUGUCUCCACCACAGCAGAAAUCCAUAGCCCAGCUACUACAGGAACAAAUGCAGUCACUUCCAGGCCACCUGGAACAUCAACUACUGCUCCUCUCACUACAACACGUACAGAGACAACUGCAUCAAGCACCACGCUUCUUCCACAAAAAACCUCGUCUUCUGCUAGGACAAGUCCAUCUCCUACAUCCACGCAAAACAUUCCUACGCUGACCACUUCCCCAACACUCACCACAACUGCAUCUACCUCCACUCUGGAGACAACCUCCACUGCUACCACUGGAGGCACCUCAACCCUUCAGGACACCACCGUGACCACCUCCACCACAGCAGAAACCUCCCCCACAGCUGUCGAGUCCACGUCGUCUCCUGAGACUACAUCCUCGGCCUCUUCCACUCCACAACAAACGUCCCCUGCUGACACAACAUCCACACUUGUCUCCACCACAGCAGAAACCUCCAACCCAGCUACUACAGGAACAAAUGCAGUCACUUCCAGCCCACCUGGAACAUCAACUACUGCUCCUCUCAUUACCACACGUACAGAGACAACUGCAUCAAGCACCAUGCUUCCUCCACAAACAACCUUGUCUUCUCCUGGGACAAGCCCAUCUCUUACAACCACACCAAGUAUUCCUAUGCCGACCACUUCCCCAACUCUCAGCACACCUGCAACCACAUCUACUCUGGAGACAACCUCCACUGAUACUACUGAAGUCACCUCAACCCUUCAGGACACCACCUUGGCCACUUCCACCACAGUAGAAAUAUCCACCACAGCUGUCCAGUCCACGAUGACUUCUGGGACUACAGCUUCACCCUCUUCCACUCCACAACAAACGUCUCCUGCUGGCACAACCUCCACGCUUGUCUCCACCACAGCAGAAACCUCCAACCCAGCUACUACAGGAACAAAUGAAGUCACUUUCAGCCAACGUGGAACAUCUACUACUGCUCCUCUCACUGCCACAUCGCAGGAGACAACAGCAUCGACCACCAUAUUCAUUCCAAAAACAACCUCGUCUUCUCCUGGAACAAGCCCAUCUCCUACAUCCACGCCAAAUAUUCCUACGCAGAGCACUUCCCCAACUCUCAGCACACCUGCAUCCACAUCUACUCUGGAGACAACCUCCACUACUACAACUGAAGGCACCUCAACCAUUCAGGACACCACCGUGACCACCUCCACCACAGCAGAAACCUCCACCAAGGUAGAAACCUCUACCACAGCUAUCCAGUCCACGUCGUCUCUUGAGACUACAUCCUCACCCUCCUCCGCUCCACAAGAAACAUCUCCUGCUUACAGAAGCUCCACACUUGUCUCCACCACAGCAGAAACCUCCAACCCAGCUACUACAGGAACAAAUGCAGUCACUUCCAGCCCACCUGGAACAUCAACUACUGCUCCUCUCACUAUCACAUCUCAGGAAACAACAGGAUCGACCACCAUGUUUCUUCAACAAACAAACUCGUCUUCUCAUGGGACAAGCCCAUCUCCUACGACCACGCCAACUCUUGCUACUCAGAACACAUCCCCAACUCUCACCACAAUUGCAUACACCUCUACUCUGGAGACAACCUCCACUGCUACCACUGGAGGAACCUCAACCUUUCAGGACACCACCGUGACCACCUCCACAACAGCAGAAACCCCCACCACAGCUGUCGAGUCCACGUCGUCUCUUGAGACUACAUCCUCGCCCUCCUCCACUCAACAACAAUCAUCUCCUCCUGACACAACCUCCACACUUGUCUCCACCACAGCAGAAACCUCCAACCCAGCUACUACAGGAACAAAUGAAGUCACUUACAGCCCACCUGGAACAUCAACUACUGCUCCUCUCAUUACCACACGUACAGAGACAACUGCAUCAAGCACCAUGCUUCCUCCACAAACAACCUUGUCUUCUCCUGGGACAAGCCCAUCUCUUACAACCACACCAAGUAUUCCUACGCCGACCACUUCCCCAACUCUCAGCACACCUGCAACCACCUCUACUCUGGAGACAACCUCCACUGAAACCAAUGAAGGCACCUCAACCCUUCAGGACACCACAUUGGCCACUUCCACCACAGCAGAAACAUCCACCACAGCUGUCCAGUCCACUGUGUCUUCUGAGACUACAGCUUCACCCUCUGCCACUAGAGAACAAACGUCUCCUGCUGGCAAAACCUCCACACUUGUCUCCACCACAGCAGAAAUCCAUAGCCCAGCUACUACAGGAACAAAUGCAGUCACUUCCAGGCCACCUGGAACAUCAACUACUGCUCCUCUCACUACAACACGUACAGAGACAACUGCAUCAAGCACCACGCUUCUUCCACAAAAAACCUCGUCUUCUGCUAGGACAAGCCCAUCUCCUACAUCCACGCAAAACAUUCCUACGCUGACCACUUCCCCAACACUCACCACAACUGCAUCUACCUCCACUCUGGAGACAACCUCCACUGCUACCACUGGAGGCACCUCAACCCUUCAGGACACCACCGUGACCACCUCCACCACAGCAGAAACCUCCCCCACAGCUGUCGAGUCCACGUCGUCUCCUGAGACUACAUCCUCGGCCUCUUCCACUCCACAACAAACGUCCCCUGCUGACACAACAUCCACACUUGUCUCCACCACAGCAGAAACCUCCAACCCAGCUACUACAGGAACAAAUGCAGUCACUUCCAGCCCACCUGGAACAUCAACUACUGCUCCUCUCAUUACCACACGUACAGAGACAACUGCAUCAAGCACCAUGCUUCCUCCACAAACAACCUUGUCUUCUCCUGGGACAAGCCCAUCUCUUACAACCACACCAAGUAUUCCUAUGCCGACCACUUCCCCAACUCUCAGCACACCUGCAACCACAUCUACUCUGGAGACAACCUCCACUGAUACUACUGAAGUCACCUCAACCCUUCAGGACACCACCUUGGCCACUUCCACCACAGUAGAAAUAUCCACCACAGCUGUCCAGUCCACGAUGACUUCUGGGACUACAGCUUCACCCUCUUCCACUCCACAACAAACGUCUCCUGCUGGCACAACCUCCACGCUUGUCUCCACCACAGCAGAAACCUCCAACCCAGCUACUACAGGAACAAAUGAAGUCACUUCCAGCCCACCUGGAACAUCAACUACUGCUCCUCUCACUACAACACGUACAGAGACAACUGCAUCAAGCACCACGCUUCUUCCACAAAAAACCUCGUCUUCUGCUAGGACAAGUCCAUCUCCUACAUCCACGCCAAACAUUCCUACGCUGACCACUUCCCCAACACUCACCACAACUGCAUCUACCUCCACUCUGGAAACAACCUCCACUGCUACCACUGGAGGCACCCUUCAGGACACCACCGUGACAACCUCCACCACAGCAGAAACCUCCACCACAGCUGUCGAGUCCACGUCGCCUCCUGAGACUACAUCCUCGGCCUCUUCCACUCCACAACAAACAUCUCCUGCUGACACAACCUCCACACUUGUCUCCCCCACAGCAAAAACCUCCAACCCAGCUACUACAGGAACAAAUGCAGUCACUUCCAGCCCACCUGGAACAUCAACUACUGCUCCUCUCAGUACCACACGUACAGAGACAAAUGGAUCAAGCACCAUGCUUCCUCCACAAACAACCUCGUCUUCUCCUGGGACAAGCCCAUCUCUUAAAACCACACCAAGUAUUCCUACGCCGACCACGUCCCCAACUCUCAGCACACCUGCAACCCCCUCUCCUCUGGAGACAACCUCCACUGACACCAAUGAAGGCACCUCAACCCUUCAGGACACCACAUUGGCCACCUCCACCACAGCAGAAACAUCCACCACAGCUGUCCAGUCCACGUUGUCUUCUGAGACUACAGCUUCACCUUCUUCCACUCCACAACAAACGUCUCCUGCUGGCACAACCUCCACACUUGUCUCGACCACAGCAGAAACCUCCAACUCAGCUACUACAGGAACAAAUGAAGUCACUUUCAGCCAACGUGGAACAUCUACUACUGCUCCUCUCACUGCCACAUCGCAGGAGACAACAGCAUCGACCACCAUAUUCCUUCCAAAAACAACCUCGUCUUCUCCUGGAAUAAGCCCAUCUCCUACAUCCACGCCAAAUAUUCCUACGCAGAGCACUUCCCCAACUCUCAGCACACCUGCAUCCACAUCUACUCUGGAGACAACCUCCACUACUACAACUGAAGGCACCUCAACCAUUCAGGACACCACGGUGACCACCUCCACCACAGCAGAAACCUCCACCAAGGUAGAAACCUCCACCACAGCUAUCCAGUCCACGUUGUCUCUUGAGACUACAUCCUCACCCUCCUCCACUCCACAAGAAACAUCUGCUGACAAAAGCUCCACACUUGUCUCCACCACAGCAGAAACCUCCAACCCAGCUACUACAGGAACAAAUGCAGUCACUUCCAGCCCACCUGGAACAUCAACUACUGCUCCUCUCACUAUCACAUCUCAGGAAACAACAGGAUCGACCACCAUGUUUCUUCAACAAACAAACUCGUCUUCUCAUGGGACAAGCCCAUCUCCUACGACCACGCCAACUCUUGCUACUCAGAACACAUCCCCAACUCUCACCACAAUUGCAUACACCUCUACUCUGGAGACAACCUCCACUGCUACCACUGGAGGAACCUCAACCCUUCAGGACACCACCGUGACCACCUCCACAACAGCAGAAACCCCCACCACAGCUGUCCAGUCCACGUCGUCUCUUGAGACUACAUCCUCGCCCUCCUCCACUCAACAACAAUCAUCUCCUGCUGACACAACCUCCACACUUGUCUCCACCACAGCAGAAACCUCCAACCCAGCUACUACAGGAACAAAUGAAGUCACUUCCAGCCCACCUGGAACAUCAACUACUGCUCCUCUCAGUACCACACGAACAGAGACAACUGCAUCAAGCACCAUGCUUCCUCCACAAACAACCUCGUCUUCUCCUGGGACAAGCCCAUCUCUUACAACCACACCAAGUAUUCCUACGCCGACCACGUCCCCAACUCUCAGCACACCUGCAACCACCUCUACUCUGGAGACAACCUCCACUGAAACCAAUGAAGGCACCUCAACCCUUCAGGACACCACAUUGGCCACCUCCACCACAGCAGAAACAUCCACCACAGCUGUCCAGUCCACUGUGUCCUCUGAGACUACAGCUUCACCCUCUGCCACUAGAGAACAAACGUCUCCUGCUGGCAAAACCUCCACACUUGUCUCCACCACAGCAGAAAUCCAUAGCCCAGCUACUACAGGAACAAAUGCAGUCACUUCCAGGCCACCUGGAACAUCAACUACUGCUCCUCUCACUACAACACGUACAGAGACAACUGCAUCAAGCACCACGCUUCUUCCACAAAAAACCUCGUCUUCUGCUAGGACAAGUCCAUCUCCUACAUCCACGCCAAACAUUCCUACGCUGACCACUUCCCCAACACUCACCACAACUGCAUCUACCUCCACUCUGGAGACAACCUCCACUGCUACCACUGGAGGCACCUCAACCCUUCAGGACACCACCGUGACCACCUCCACCACAGCAGAAACCUCCCCCACAGCUGUCGAGUCCACGUCGUCUCCUGAGACUACAUCCUCGGCCUCUUCCACUCCACAACAAACGUCCCCUGCUGACACAACAUCCACACUUGUCUCCACCACAGCAGAAACCUCCAACCCAGCUACUACAGGAACAAAUGAAGUCACUUCCAGCCCACCUGAAACAUCAACUACUGCUCCUCUCAGUACCACACGUACAGAGACAACUGCAUCAAGCACCAUGCUUCCUCCACAAACAACCUUGUCUUCUCCUGGGACAAGCCCAUCUCUUACAACCACACCAAGUAUUCCUAUGCUGACCACUUCCCCAACUCUCAGCACACCUGCAACCACAUCUACUCUGGAGACAGCCUCCACUGAUACUACUGAAGUCACCUCAACCCUUCAGGACACCACCUUGGCCACUUCCACCACAGCAGAAAUAUCCACCACAGCUGUCCAGUCCACGAUGACUUCUGGGACUACAGCUUCAACCUCUUCCACUCCACAACAAACGUCUCCUGCUGGCACAACCUCCACACUUGUCUCCACCACAGAAGAAACCUCCAACUCAGCUACUACAGGAACAAAUGAAGUCACUUUCAGCCAACGUGGAACAUCUACUACUGCUCCUCUCACUGCCACAUCGCAGGAGACAACAGCAUCGACCACCAUAUUCCUUCCAAAAACAACCUCGUCUUCUCCUGGAACAAGCCCAUCUGCUACAUCCACGCCAAAUAUUCCUACGCAGAGCACUUCCCCAACUCUCAGCACACCUGCAUCCACAUCUACUGUGGAGACAACCUCCACUACUACAACUGAAGGCACCUCAACCGUUCAGGACACCACCGUGACCACCUCCACCACAGCAGAAACCUCCACCAAGGUAGAAACCUCCACCACAGCUAUCCAGUCCACGUUGUCUCUUGAGACUACAUCCUCACCCUCCUCCACUCCACAAGAAACAUCUCCUGCUGACACAAGCUCCACACUUGUCUCCACCACAGCAGAAACCUCCAACCCAGCUACUACAGGAACAAAUGCAGUCACUUCCAGCCCACCUGGAACAUCAACUACUGCUCCUCUCACUAUCACAUCUCAGGAGACAACAGGAUCGACCACCAUGUUUCUUCAACAAACAAACUCGUCUUCUCAUGGGACAAGCCCAUCUCCUACGACCACGCCAACUCUUGCUACUCAGAACACAUCCCCAACUCUCACCACAAUUGCAUACACCUCUACUCUGGAGACAACCUCCACUGCUACCACUGGAGGCACCUCAACCCUUCAGGACACCACCGUGACCACCUCCACAACAGCAGAAACCCCCACCACAGCUGUCCAGACCACGUUGUCUCUUGAGACUACAUCCUCGCCCUCCUCCACUCAACAACAAACAUCUCCUGCUGACACAACCUCCACACUUGUCUCCACCACAGCAGAAACCUCCAACCCAGCUACUACAGGAACAAAUGCAGUCACUUCCAGCCCACCUGGAACAUCAACUACUGCUCCUCUCAGUACCACACGUACAGAGACAACUGCAUCAAGCACCAUGCUUCCUCCACAAACAACCUUGUCUUCUCCUGGGACAAGCCCAUCUCUUAAAACCACACCAAGUAUUCCUAUGCCGACCACUUCCCCAACUCUCAGCACACCUGCAACCACAUCUACUCUGGAGACAGCCUCCACUGAUACUACUGAAGUCACCUCAACCCUUCAGGACACCACCUUGGCCACUUCCACCACAGCAGAAAUAUCCACCACAGCUGUCCAGUCCACGAUGACUUCUGGGACUACAGCUUCACCUUCUUCCACUCCACAACAAACGUCUCCUGCUGGCACAACCUCCACGCUUGUCUCCACCACAGCAGAAACCUCCAACCCAGCUACUACAGGAACAAAUGAAGUCACUUUCAGCCAACGUGGAACAUCUACUACUGCUCCUCUCACUGCCACAUCGCAGGAGACAACAGCAUCGACCACCAUAUUCAUUCCAAAAACAACCUCGUCUUCUCCUGGAACAAGCCCAUCUCCUACAUCCACGCCAAAUAUUCCUACGCAGAGCACUUCCCCAACUCUCAGCACACCUGCAUCCACAUCUACUCUGGAGACAACCUCCACUACUACAACUGAAGGCACCUCAACCAUUCAGGACACCACCGUGACCACCUCCACCACAGCAGAAACCUCCACCAAGGUAGAAACCUCUACCACAGCUAUCCAGUCCACGUCGUCUCUUGAGACUACAUCCUCACCCUCCUCCGCUCCACAAGAAACAUCUCCUGCUUACACAAGCUCCACACUUGUCUCCACCACAGCAGAAACCUCCAACCCAGCUACUACAGGAACAAAUGAAGUCACUUCCAGCCCACCUGGAACAUCAACUACUGCUCCUCUCACUACAACACGUACAGAGACAACUGCAUCAAGCACCACGCUUCUUCCACAAAAAACCUCGUCUUCUGCUAGGACAAGUCCAUCUCCUACAUCCACGCCAAACAUUCCUACGCUGACCACUUCCCCAACACUCACCACAACUGCAUCUACCUCCACUCUGGAAACAACCUCCACUGCUACCACUGGAGGCACCCUUCAGGACACCACCGUGACAACCUCCACCACAGCAGAAACCUCCACCACAGCUGUCGAGUCCACGUCGCCUCCUGAGACUACAUCCUCGGCCUCUUCCACUCCACAACAAACAUCUCCUGCUGACACAACCUCCACACUUGUCUCCCCCACAGCAAAAACCUCCAACCCAGCUACUACAGGAACAAAUGCAGUCACUUCCAGCCCACCUGGAACAUCAACUACUGCUCCUCUCAGUACCACACGUACAGAGACAAAUGGAUCAAGCACCAUGCUUCCUCCACAAACAACCUCGUCUUCUCCUGGGACAAGCCCAUCUCUUAAAACCACACCAAGUAUUCCUACGCCGACCACGUCCCCAACUCUCAGCACACCUGCAACCCCCUCUCCUCUGGAGACAACCUCCACUGACACCAAUGAAGGCACCUCAACCCUUCAGGACACCACAUUGGCCACCUCCACCACAGCAGAAACAUCCACCACAGCUGUCCAGUCCACGUUGUCUUCUGAGACUACAGCUUCACCUUCUUCCACUCCACAACAAACGUCUCCUGCUGGCACAACCUCCACACUUGUCUCGACCACAGCAGAAACCUCCAACUCAGCUACUACAGGAACAAAUGAAGUCACUUUCAGCCAACGUGGAACAUCUACUACUGCUCCUCUCACUGCCACAUCGCAGGAGACAACAGCAUCGACCACCAUAUUCCUUCCAAAAACAACCUCGUCUUCUCCUGGAAUAAGCCCAUCUCCUACAUCCACGCCAAAUAUUCCUACGCAGAGCACUUCCCCAACUCUCAGCACACCUGCAUCCACAUCUACUCUGGAGACAACCUCCACUACUACAACUGAAGGCACCUCAACCAUUCAGGACACCACGGUGACCACCUCCACCACAGCAGAAACCUCCACCAAGGUAGAAACCUCCACCACAGCUAUCCAGUCCACGUUGUCUCUUGAGACUACAUCCUCACCCUCCUCCACUCCACAAGAAACAUCUGCUGACAAAAGCUCCACACUUGUCUCCACCACAGCAGAAACCUCCAACCCAGCUACUACAGGAACAAAUGCAGUCACUUCCAGCCCACCUGGAACAUCAACUACUGCUCCUCUCACUAUCACAUCUCAGGAAACAACAGGAUCGACCACCAUGUUUCUUCAACAAACAAACUCGUCUUCUCAUGGGACAAGCCCAUCUCCUACGACCACGCCAACUCUUGCUACUCAGAACACAUCCCCAACUCUCACCACAAUUGCAUACACCUCUACUCUGGAGACAACCUCCACUGCUACCACUGGAGGAACCUCAACCCUUCAGGACACCACCGUGACCACCUCCACAACAGCAGAAACCCCCACCACAGCUGUCCAGUCCACGUCGUCUCUUGAGACUACAUCCUCGCCCUCCUCCACUCAACAACAAUCAUCUCCUGCUGACACAACCUCCACACUUGUCUCCACCACAGCAGAAACCUCCAACCCAGCUACUACAGGAACAAAUGAAGUCACUUCCAGCCCACCUGGAACAUCAACUACUGCUCCUCUCAGUACCACACGAACAGAGACAACUGCAUCAAGCACCAUGCUUCCUCCACAAACAACCUCGUCUUCUCCUGGGACAAGCCCAUCUCUUACAACCACACCAAGUAUUCCUACGCCGACCACGUCCCCAACUCUCAGCACACCUGCAACCACCUCUACUCUGGAGACAACCUCCACUGAAACCAAUGAAGGCACCUCAACCCUUCAGGACACCACAUUGGCCACCUCCACCACAGCAGAAACAUCCACCACAGCUGUCCAGUCCACUGUGUCCUCUGAGACUACAGCUUCACCCUCUGCCACUAGAGAACAAACGUCUCCUGCUGGCAAAACCUCCACACUUGUCUCCACCACAGCAGAAAUCCAUAGCCCAGCUACUACAGGAACAAAUGCAGUCACUUCCAGGCCACCUGGAACAUCAACUACUGCUCCUCUCACUACAACACGUACAGAGACAACUGCAUCAAGCACCACGCUUCUUCCACAAAAAACCUCGUCUUCUGCUAGGACAAGUCCAUCUCCUACAUCCACGCCAAACAUUCCUACGCUGACCACUUCCCCAACACUCACCACAACUGCAUCUACCUCCACUCUGGAGACAACCUCCACUGCUACCACUGGAGGCACCUCAACCCUUCAGGACACCACCGUGACCACCUCCACCACAGCAGAAACCUCCCCCACAGCUGUCGAGUCCACGUCGUCUCCUGAGACUACAUCCUCGGCCUCUUCCACUCCACAACAAACGUCCCCUGCUGACACAACAUCCACACUUGUCUCCACCACAGCAGAAACCUCCAACCCAGCUACUACAGGAACAAAUGCAGUCACUUCCAGCCCACCUGAAACAUCAACUACUGCUCCUCUCAGUACCACACGUACAGAGACAACUGCAUCAAGCACCAUGCUUCCUCCACAAACAACCUUGUCUUCUCCUGGGACAAGCCCAUCUCUUACAACCACACCAAGUAUUCCUAUGCUGACCACUUCCCCAACUCUCAGCACACCUGCAACCACAUCUACUCUGGAGACAGCCUCCACUGAUACUACUGAAGUCACCUCAACCCUUCAGGACACCACCUUGGCCACUUCCACCACAGCAGAAAUAUCCACCACAGCUGUCCAGUCCACGAUGACUUCUGGGACUACAGCUUCAACCUCUUCCACUCCACAACAAACGUCUCCUGCUGGCACAACCUCCACACUUGUCUCCACCACAGAAGAAACCUCCAACUCAGCUACUACAGGAACAAAUGAAGUCACUUUCAGCCAACGUGGAACAUCUACUACUGCUCCUCUCACUGCCACAUCGCAGGAGACAACAGCAUCGACCACCAUAUUCCUUCCAAAAACAACCUCGUCUUCUCCUGGAACAAGCCCAUCUGCUACAUCCACGCCAAAUAUUCCUACGCAGAGCACUUCCCCAACUCUCAGCACACCUGCAUCCACAUCUACUGUGGAGACAACCUCCACUACUACAACUGAAGGCACCUCAACCGUUCAGGACACCACCGUGACCACCUCCACCACAGCAGAAACCUCCACCAAGGUAGAAACCUCCACCACAGCUAUCCAGUCCACGUUGUCUCUUGAGACUACAUCCUCACCCUCCUCCACUCCAGAAGAAACAUCUCCUGCUGACACAAGCUCCACACUUGUCUCCACCACAGCAGAAACCUCCAACCCAGCUACUACAGGAACAAAUGCAGUCACUUCCAGCCCACCUGGAACAUCAACUACUGCUCCUCUCACUAUCACAUCUCAGGAGACAACAGGAUCGACCACCAUGUUUCUUCAACAAACAAACUCGUCUUCUCAUGGGACAAGCCCAUCUCCUACGACCACGCCAACUCUUGCUACUCAGAACACAUCCCCAACUCUCACCACAAUUGCAUACACCUCUACUCUGGAGACAACCUCCACUGCUACCACUGGAGGCACCUCAACCCUUCAGGACACCACCGUGACCACCUCCACAACAGCAGAAACCCCCACCACAGCUGUCCAGACCACCAGAAACCUCCAACCCAGCUACUACAGGAACAAAUGCAGUCACUUCCAGCCCACCUGGAACAUCAACUACUGCUCCUCUCAGUACCACACGAACAGAGACAACUGCAUCAAGCACCAUGCUUCCUCCACAAACAACCUCGUCUUCUCCUGGGACAAGCCCAUCUCUUACAACCACACCAAGUAUUCCUACGCCGACCACGUCCCCAACUCUCAGCACACCUGCAACCACCUCUACUCUGGAGACAACCUCCACUGA